ACGACUUUUUAUAACUAAUUAACGCUCGUUUUCCUUUUUCCAAUUUUUUCACAAUUCCUUAURYCUUUUUCUUAUUGCUUUUCUAGCUAUUUCACAUUUGAGUAUCUAUUUCCCUUGGACUACUAGUUAAACAUAAUCGCUUUUGAAAUGAUAAUGCAGUCAUGCCGAUAACGGUUUUACUAAGAUAGAUGACUUGCCCGAAAUCAUGUUAAUUAGCUGCCGUAAUAACUUAUGUUCAUUUGUAGAACGAGCUAAUUUAAAAAUGGACUGUUUUAAAAACCUUCGCCUUCCAGCUAUUAUGAUGUAUUUUACCAGCUGGAAAGGUUUCUUUCAAUUAAAUUGUGGACAAAUUGCUCAACAAUCACGUCUUUUAAUUCAAAUACGAGUAAAUGACACCGUAAAAGAGAGUACCGACAGAACAAAGUAAAUGAAGCAUACACACUAUUCACUAAGCAAUAAAACACACUAACUGGGAGAUGACUGUAAAACGGACUUACAAACACUUGACGAUAAUAAUCAGACCUACYGCAAGUUUUAAUAUUGUGAACUGAGAUCUCCACUUGAGUUUCAAACAUUGACAAAUAUAAUCUGACUAGACGAAAUUCACACGRAAAACAAGGAUACAAAAUGAACAAACGCGCACCGAAAUAGAACCAGAAUCAAUUUGCGAACCGUCUGCAGUAUUACAAUGUUUGACCGCGCGUGGGCACCACCAAUGAAGCAUCAGCCGCAGGACCGUUUAAUAAAGAAACAUAAAGAAAAACUCAACAGAAAUGGAUAAAUAUAUUAGUCGACAAGAAUGUUGCUAGCUGAAUUCAUCGUUUCCAAAGAGAAUAAAAAUGACGGAGUAAUUUCAAAAAAUUUAAAUAAAUUAAUGCGCUGUUUCCAAAUAUGGAUAUCAGUUAGUAAAUAUUAUAUCCUUUCAUGUUGUGUGUCUUACURCAGAGUUACUCCUAAUCGGCAUUGAUAGAGCUAAUACUAGUUCUGUUAUAAAUAGAGAGGUUAACAGAAUCGUCCAUUUAUGAAUAUAGAGAAACAAAUUAGUUAAGAGGCCACCAGCAGUGAAAGCAAACUCAAAAUAUUAAACUCUCAAUGGGAACAUAAUGAAUAUUUGUGAUAAAAAGAAAGAAAGAAAAAAAAACCCUCUUAAAAAAUAGAAUUGUUUCUUUAGCACUUUCCAUGAUAGAUGUACCUUUCAAAUUGCAGAAAAAUCCGCCAUCUUGUAGGUUAGAGGAUUCAGUUCUCGAUACUUCUGGACGACAAGGAGUUUUAUUUGAAGCAAGCCAGGUGUCAUACUUAGUGGACAUCAGUUAAACAUUCAGUAAACUUUCAUAAACCAAUUAGAUAGUCUGGCAACACGGAAGGAGAAUAAACUAAGAGUCAUUUUCUAUAUGAACACUAUUUAUAUUGAUUAACUAGCAACAAGUUAGGUGAAGUGUAUUUUUAUGAGUUCUAUAUCCUAGGUGAUCUUUACAUCCAAAGGGUUGAAUUAUAUCUAUUAUAGGAAGUCGUGAUGAUAUUUUUUGAUUGUGCACGUGACCAGUGUCCUGCCAGAACCACUCAAUAGAGUUUCCUAUAUAAAAGUAAUGACAAAGCUCUUUGUCGCUGACCCCUUGGCAUAUAAAUCACGCUUUGCACGGUACAAGUGAUCGGCAUCAUAUCUGUGCCCUUGCAGUCGAUAAGAAGCCAACAAACCGAAAACACCGAAAUUUCAAACAGUACUAAUAUUUUGGUAAAGCAUGAGCGACAUGAUUCCUCCAGGACCCACACCAGGAUCAGCAUUGUAUAAUCGUAUUCCAAAGUGCGCGCGGUGUCGAAAUCAUGGAGCGCUGUCUUGGUUGAAAGGACACAAGCAUUACUGUCGAUGGAGAGACUGUACCUGCUCUAAAUGCUUGCUUAUUGCCGAGAGACAACGUAUUACUGCUGCUAGGGUUGCCUUGCUAAGACAACAGAGAAAAAACGUCGAUUCAUCGAAAGGAAAAAGCGGGAAAAGUCCAGAACAUUGUGWGGACCAAGAAACCUAUCGCGAAGAGGCGUUCAUAAGACCAACUAUGGUGUUAAAUGAAAUGGUGAAUUUACACAGCCACAGCGAUGAUGAUGAUAGCAAGCAAUCAUGGGAAAAUUCACCAAGUAACUCCGAGAACAACCUGAAUAUAACCGAUGAGAAAUCGUACACUAGUGACGUAAAAAUCAAGACUGAACCUGAGACAGAAUUCGACUCAGAAAGUGAAAGACAAGAGACUGAUUCUCCCAAGAGACGCCUUAUUAGGGAAACGAGAACCAGUGACGACGAACCUCCAUUGAAGAUGUCCCGACAAGUAGAAAGUCCUAAUGGCCAACCAUCCCGAAAGCUUCAUCCAGACCCACUAGACUUACUGUCCAGGGCAUUUCCAAACCACUGUAAAAAUGUUCUUGAAAUGGUAUUGCAAGGUUGCAAUGGAAAUGUUGUUCAAGCUAUUGAAUGUCUACUGACAAAUCAAGAAAAAAACAAGCCUUUACUACCAAUACCGAUGCCUUUAUUAGCAGGAUAUCCACGAGAUAUUCAUCCAGGAAUACAUCCACCCAUGUUAUACCGCAAGGACAACUUCCCACAUACCUUUCAUCAAGCAAUUCCAGUCAAUUGCCGAUUCCCACCUCCACCACCACCUCCUCUAUUCAAACCUAAACCACCAAAUAGUCCAGGUUAUGGAUUUGCAAUGGAGACCAUUUUACCUUCACCGGAUUCAUCCAAACCAACUAAAGAAGAACUUAAUUCAAGUCGCUUUUGUACUCAAUGCGGUAAAAAAGCAAACAACACUGACAAUUUCUGCGCUUUUUGCGGACAAAAACUUUGCCCGUAGUGGAAAUAGCUUGUUUUAAACACAAGUAUUCGCUGUAACGGGAAUAAGACUUUGUAAGAAUCUGUUAAGACUUGUAAAUAGUAUAUGAACAAAAUGUACAUGUAAAGUACCGUAAAUAAACAAAUAAAGAAAGUAUUAUACAUA